AUGAUUGCAUGCGUGUCAGAUAUGCAGCAAGUGGGAAAUGUGGAUCCUGGACCAACGGUUGGUACACAGUUGACGCGGCAGCCGGUUCAUCGAUCCACGCUGCUUUGGGAGACGCCAGCCGGUCAGGUAGUGCCAGGCGUGCUAAACUGCAGACGCCGAAGUUGCAAGUUACCCGAGCAUGGGCUUGACCCACGGAUUGCUCGGUACAUAACUGAGGCGGGUUUUGAAGGGUUAUUCAAGGUCCCAAACUUGGAAAUGGAUCAUGCGUUGAUCACAGCACUAGUUGAGCGUUGGCGUCCGGAGACGCACACAUUCCACCUACCGCAUGGAGAGAUGAGCAUCACCUUACAAGAUAUUGAGGUGAUGCUAGGGGUUCCUGUUGAUGGGUUGCCAAUUACUGGGGCUGUGAAGAUGGAUUGGCCUACGUUGUGUCUUGAGUUAUUGGGUCAUCGUCCACCAGACCUGAUACCGCAUCCCCAUGAGAACACCUCUAUCCUUGCUGGGGCGAGGCUCAGAUUCACGUGGCUGGAUGCACUAUUUAGUGGGCCCCUAGCUGCGGAUGCUACUGAUGAGGUAGUGCAGCAACAUGCGCGCUAUCACAUACUCGAUCGGUUGGGGACGAUUUUGUUUAUGGAUAAGUCGGCAGACCGGGUGUCGGUGCUGCCUCUACAGUUCCUAAACCCAAUCAGCAACGCGAAGAGGAACAGUUGGGGUAGUGGGGCAUUAGCCUGGUUGUACAGGCACUUAUGCAAGGCAUCGGAGUCGAAGGCGAAGCAAAUUGGUGGAGCAGUGAUGUUGGUGCAGCUGUGGGCGUAUUCGAGGUUCCCAUUGAUAUGCCCUGUUAUGAGGUUGCCACUACCGCCAGUGGAGGCAGGUCCCCUUGCCAAUCGAUGGAAGGGGCCGAAGAGCACGACAGAGCAUGCGACACAUGUGCUAGUUGCGUAUCGUGCGUCACUGUCGAGUAUACGGGCACACCAGGUUGUCUGGGAGCCCUACAGCGAUGUCCUAGAGUUGUUGCCCCCAUAUUGCACUGCCGGCCGACAAAUAUGGAGGGCCGAUGUGCCAUUGAUCUAUUUUUGGAUAGUAAAGGAUCAUCAUCCCGAACGUGUCUUUCGUCAGUUCGGGAUGAAGCAAGUGCCACCGGAUAUUGUAGAUACGUCCGUUCAUCUCCACAAAAUCUCCCUCCAAGGUAAACUAGAUAAGGAUUGGGUGCAAGAGCAUGCUGUCUACAUUGACCGAUGGGCCCAUAGAGAGGAACAUAUUGCUGAUGUACCAGCAUUGGAUGGGGACACGACAUACCUUGCUGCUUACAUGGAGUCGUACCGAAAGACGACGAGACGGUACAUUACACGCGACUCGGUGUAUUGGGAAAUCAUGGUUGAGUCCACUGUGGAAUUACUAUUGCAAUGCGAACCAAACUCCGCAAUGUACAACCACCUGAAGAGGACGCUGGAUCUUGUCGGAGAGAUGAGCCGAGCGGCAUUGGAGAAUGCGCGUGCCACGGUGACUGAGGCGAGCACACAGGCCACAGGCCGUGGUGGGGGAGGUCGUGGGUCUAGAGGGCGUGGACACAGUGGAGGUCAUGCAUACAGUGGAGGUCGUGGAGGUGGUCACGAGGAUGACGAUGUCUUGGGUAACUUCCAACUCUAA